AUGAUGCCAUGGGCGGUACAACUUCAACUGAAGCAUGACGAUGGUGUUGGAUCGGUUACUUGCGGAGGAACUCUUAUUACAAAGAAACACGUCAUUACAGCUGCCCACUGUUUUCAGAAAAAAUUUUUGAUUACGACAAAAUCUCGGAAUCCGUCCAGAUUCUGCGAAAAAGAUAGCCGCUAUUCCAAUGAGGAAAUAUUGCGUAAUUUGUAUGCUCGCGUUGGAGCAACCUGCACAAAAUUGAAUAAGGAUCUUGGUUGCACUAAUAGAAAACAACUCGGAAAAUUUGUCAACGUAAAAAGAUUUUUGAUGGGACCUUUGUUUGAAAAUAAUUGCGAAAAUGGUGGAGAUUAUUUUAUAGCGGAACUAGCUGAGUCUAUCGACAAUUUUGAUGGAGCAAAUCAUGCCUGUCUACCAUUCUUCAGUAAUGUUACAAUUCCAAAAAAAGGAAGUUUGGACGCAUUUGGAUGGGGUUCUGAUCCUAGUCGCGCAUAUGACAAUAUCUCAUAUCCAAUGCUUCAAAGAAUAACCCUUGACAUAAUGCCAUUUGAAGAAUGCAACGAGAACUGGUAUGAAAGUCUUCCUCCAGAUGCUAUCUGUACUGUAGAGGAACCCGAAAAAAACGUGUGCAAGGGAGACAGUGGAGGGGGUCUUUUAUAUGCUCUAAACAAUCGAUUCUACUUAGCAGCUAUCGUCUCAUAUGGAACAGACUGCGGAAAAAUGCUGCUUGGCGCUGAGCCGAAAGGCCAAAUAAACACAGACAUCCGAAAAUAUUUUAAAGAAAUUUUAAAUUUCAUAUCAUUUUAA